ACUUCUGGAGGGGAGUAGUGCACAAUCCCUCCUAAACUACGUCUAUUUCCCCUUAAAUAAUGGACAUUGACACUAGGGUGCGGUAGUGAGCCGUGUCCACUUUCGAACAAAGAAAUGAGCAAUCUCCCUUUUCAUCUCUGUUUGUACCUUUCAAACCUGCUUGAAACCUUUGUUUUCAUUCGUUGAUCUUUGUUUUUAAACUACAUAACGUAAUGAGAAAAACAAUUAAUCAUGAUGAUGGCAACAACGAAUGAAUUUGGCCCUGACUCUGGUGGCAGAGUUAAGGGAGUUACCAUAAUAAAACCGAUAGUAUACGGUAACGUUGCUCGUUAUUUUGGUAAAAAACGGGAAGAAGAUGGUCAUACCCAUCAAUGGACAGUCUAUGUUAAACCAUAUCACAACGAAGAUAUGUCGACUUAUGUCAAAAAAGUUCACUUCAAGUUACACGAAAGUUAUAACAAUCCUAAUCGUAUUAUAACUAAACCCCCAUACGAGCUCACCGAGACUGGUUGGGGAGAAUUUGAAAUUGUCAUUAAAAUCUACUUUCAUGAUCCUAAUGAACGACCUGUAACUAUAUAUCACAUAUUAAAACUGUUUCAAACGACGCCAGAAAUACAACUGGGCAAAAAGAGUUUAGUGUCCGAGUUUUAUGAGGAAAUAGUAUUCCAAGAUCCAACAGCUUUAAUGCAACACUUAUUAAAUUCCAGUAGACCUAUAACUCUCGGCACUUGGCGUCAUAAUACAGAUUUUGAGGCGAAGAAAGAGUCUACGAUGAAAACGAUAAUCGAGGCAAGAAAUAAGAUUAGAUUGGAGGUGAUUGAUCUCAAGGAAAAAUUGACAUUAGCAAAGGAAACGAUUGCUAAAUUUAAAGAGGAGAUUGCUAAGAUCUCAAAAACUGGUGGAAACAUGUCUGUCACAUAAUUAAAACCUUUAUACAUUUUUCUAUAAGUUUUUUACAAACUAAUACAAUCAUAAGAUAUGAUAAGCAAAAUGUAUAUAGUUUUCAGAUGGGAUGACUGUGGAAUGAGUGAAAUGAAAAUAAAUGUAUAAAUUGCGUCAGGGACACGAAAUGUUUCUGUCGUCUUGCAUGUAAUUUUAUUAAAAUGAAGGGAUAAAAUUA